UGUAAACUCGAUCAGCCUUUGUCAUUACCAUUUGAUCGAUAUCGUCUUUCCAAUGAAUUUCGAACUGGUCGUGGAACAUCUAUUUCAUUUGAUUUUGGUCAAGAUCUUUCACAUGAUUUUCUUAUUCAUGCAUCAUCAAAUAACAUAUCAAUUCAACAUCUCACAUUUGCUAUUUAUUUCAUCUUUCUAUUUAAAUCAACUAAUGGACAAGCAGAUCUAUGUCUGGCUCUAAACAUCAAUAAUAAUCGAUAUAGAGAUGAACUCAAAUUAAUCAUUGGAUUGUUUGAGAAUGUCAUUCCAUUACGAUGUCAAUUAAAUCCUCAUUGGUCUUUUCAUCAUUUACUCGAGCAUGUUCAAGAGAUAACAACAAAUAGUAUGAAAUAUUCAUAUUUUCCACUUCAACGUAUUCUCGAUCAACAUCCACAUAUUUCAACACAUACAUUUUUGGAUACAUCUCUCGAAUCUAUAUCAUACAAUAGUAACAAUGACAACAGUGCAAUUAUGAUUGGUGAUUCUCAACUUGUUCCAACACCUUCCUCAUUCAACGAAAACGACGAUGAGAUAUUAAAUUUAUCCGACUUCUCUCUUUCUAUUUAUCAUGAUAUGAAUGUGAAUCAACUCUCAUGCACAAUCAAGGCAUCACUUGCCUUAUUCAAUAGAAAGUCAGUCGAGAAGAUUUCACAACGAUUCCAUUCCAUCUUACAUCAAUUAUCUACAUCUAUUAUCGACAGUCAAAUAAACAAACCUAUCUAUGAAGUAUCAUUAAUAUUAUCAAAUGAGCAAUAUCUAAUGCAAUCAAUGAAUAAUACACAAAUAUCAUUCUCAUCUCCUCUCACUUGUAUUCAUCAUGAAUUUGUAUAUCAAGCAAUGAAACAUCCACAAAAACUAGCUGUUGAACUUGAUGAACAAUCAUUAACAUAUUGUGAACUUCUAUAUUAUAUACAAAUACUAUCUUUAACUCUUCUUAAUGAAUAUCAUGUGUUUCCAGGUGAAGUCGUGUGUCAAUGUGUUGAGAGAAGUUUGUCUAUGGUAAUUGGUAUAAUGGGAAUUGAAAUGGCUGGUAGUGUUUAUUGUCCAUUACCACCUCGAGAUCCACAACAACGUUUGCACGCACUGAUACAACAAACACAGAGUCGUCUUGUACUUGUUCAUCAUGUAACUAAGACUAAAUUGGAUGAUGAUAUUAUUUCACUGGAUAUUGAUUCAAUAUUGAUUAAUAAUUAUGUAGUAAGCGAUGUUUAUGUUGAUCGACUAUCAAGUGUUACAGUCACACCUAAUGAUAUUGCUUAUAUAAUUUUCACAAGUGGUUCAACUGGAAUACCAAAAGCAGUUCAAAUUCGCCAUGAAAAUUUCACUCGUUAUAUGUACUCAUUUGUAAGUGUUAGCACAUUGAAGGAGGAUGAUGUAGCUGUCCAGAUGGCUCGAAGUACUUUUGACGUUCAUCUUGAACAAAUAGUUGGUAUUUUAUUAAUUGGCGCUACAGUGGUUAUGCUACGUGCAAGAGGAAUGACUGAUUUUGAUUAUUUAGCCGAUGUGCUAUACAAAAAACAGAUUACAUGUUUGGGUGCUGUACCAGUUUUAUUUCAAAGUUUUUUCAGUUACCUCAGUCAGUAUAAGAAAAUAUAUGUUGUGAAGUAUCUUCGAUCACUUUUUAGUGGAGGUGACGCAUUUUCUUCCGAACUGAUUGGUUUGAUCCAAGUGAGUAAUAUUCCCAAUUAUACUUUAUGGAACAUGUAUGGUCCAUCUGAAACGACGAUUACAUCUACAUUUCAUCUCGUAGAUAUAGAAGCCUCUACAAAGUGUAUUCCAAUUGGUAGACCAUUUUCUAAUUACCGAUGUAUGAUUAUAAAUGAAUAUUCACAACAAGCAAUCACUAAUCAAGAUGGUGAAUUAUUUAUAGGAGGAGUGGGUGUCUUUGCUGGUUAUCUUGGACGUGAUGACUUAACUGCAAAAGCUCUUGUUGAAAUAGAUAGCCAAGUAUUUUAUCGAACAGGUGAUCUUGUUACAAUCGAUGGCAAUGGUCUUCUGUAUUAUCAAGGAAGAAAAGAUCAUCAAAUCAAACUUCAUGGACAAAGAAGUGAACUUGGUGAAAUAGAACGAUGUUUACUUAACAUCAUAUCCAUCUCUGCCUGUGUUGUCAUGAAAUGGAAUGAUGAUUACUUAGUUGCUUAUGUUCAGUCUUUUAAUGUUAAUGAAGAACAACUCCACCAACAUUGUCAAUGCCAUCUUCCACCCCAUAUGAUUCCAUCAAUAUUUAUUAUUCUUGAUAUGCUACCAUUGAAUCAAAAUGGAAAAAUAGAUCGAAAACAACUUCCUUCACCUAGUUUCAAUCAUCUAUCAUCAGAUCGACUCGAACAUCAUAUUAAACUAUUACUACCAACAAAUAAUAUUGAAAUUAGCAUUCAUCAGAUUUGGUGUGAAAUAUUCAAACAAAAUCAAAUCUCAACUGAUACAAAUAUCUUUACUAUUGGUGGCCACUCAUUACUAAUGAUAGAACUUUUUCAUCGAUACAAGAUCGAAUUUCACCUAGAACAAAAGCAAAGUAGUUUCUCAAUAUCAAAUGUAUUUCAGCAUCCAACAAUUAUUCAUCAUGCUCAACUCAUUCAACAAUCUAUCAAUACCAUCCACACUCUGGAUGAUUAUUCUUGGUCUUCCUUACAUCUCACUCAAGCGAGAGCAUCAUUUGCACAAGAACGAAUCUAUUUAGACGAACAAAUUCGUUUUUCAUCUGAAACAGCGAUGAACAAUAUGUAUGCUAUUCCAUUCCUUUAUCGUAUAUCAUCUAUGAAUGAUCAUGUGUCAAUUACCCGAUUACAUCAUGCAUUUCAAAGUGUUAUCACAAAAAAUAAUACUCUUCGAACCGCACUUUACAUUGACGAUACAAAUGGCAGUAUUGUACAACACUGUUUAAAUACAAAUAUCAUUCUUGAUGAUCAUAUGAAAUCAUAUGAAUUGACAAUCGUUAAUAUUCAUAAUGGUGAUCAUCGUCAUAUGAAUGAAAUUGUUGAAGAAAUAUUAAAUCAAGCUGAUUUAUUUGAUUUAUCAAAAGGACGUGUUAUUCGUUGUCAUAUACUUCGUUGUCAGCAAUCAAACCUUUCAUUCACUCAGAAUAGUGAUCUAUUGACUAAAGAUGAUCUAAUAUUAUUUACCAUUCAUCAUGCAAUGUUUGACGGAGCAUCAGAACCAAUUUUUAUUCUUGAUUUUUCUCUUGCUUAUCAAUCUGAUGGUUCACUACCUAUAGAUGAUAAUUCAUUAGAAUACAUCGACUAUUCUGUUCAUGAACAUAUCAUAGAUAUGUCAUUAUCUCGUGAAUU